GCUGUAUCCCAACCCCAACCUGUGCUGCUGCUGUGCUCAUCAUCUUCGAUCUCCCCUUCCCUUCCUUCCAUUGUUGGCCUGAAUCCCCAACCUCUGGUGCUCCUGCUCCAGCUCCGCCACCCCACCCCCAGACCCCGCAGUGAUGGACGACUACGCCCGCGAGAUGAUGGAGCUCAAGACGCUCGUCACCCGCACCCUCGAGAAGAAGGGCGUCCUCGCCAAGAUUAGGGCUGAGCUGAGAGCAAGUGUGUUUGAGGCCAUAGAAGAGGAGGAUCGGGUGGUAGAGAAUGAAGAUGGUGGGAAUCCUGCUUUGCUUGGUAGCUGCAAUGACCGGGCUAAGCAACUGCAUGCUUCACCUUCAGGUAGGUUAUUAACAGCACUCGUAUGUGAAUACCUGGAGUGGGCACAACUAAGUCAUACAAUGAAAGUUUACUUGCCAGAGUGUAACCUGCCCAAGGACUUCUGGAAGAAUGAACUGAAGGACUUUUCUAACAGAAGUGGAGCUGAAGGGGGCAGGAGUGCUGAAAGUGGUCCCAUGCUUUUAGAUGUUCUCGAAGGUUAUCUGAAAUAUGAGAAUUUAUCUCAAACAAGGAUGGGUGGUAGGAGGAUGAUGAGUUCAGAAUCCGAACCAUCACUAAAUGCUGAAAAUCGGAACAUGAGGAGGCCACCAUUAUCAUCAGUUGGGAGCCUGCCUCCUAUGGGAAGGUCAAUCUCAUCAUCGCAUACAUCAGAUCGCAGAGGGGGAUCUUCAGCUUCCAACACUAGGAAAGAUGAGUACAACUGGAGAUAUGAUGCAGAUGAUAUAUCUGAAGAGGUGUUGCGGGCAUCAACUGCUCUAGAAAACAUCCAGUUAGACCGGAAAUCUCGGAAUCUGCCGACAUCUUGGAGGCAUUCAGGGGAUGGUGCCGAGUAACAAACAACAAAGGCUUCGGAGUUGUUUGGCUGACCCUGUAUCGUGUAAUUUGUACCAUUCAUUUGCAGUGCUAUGUUGCUUUGAGUGUGAGUGAGAUUGCUACUAUUAGAGAGAUGAUGAUUGCUUGACUGGUUAUGAUUUUCUUGUAACAAACAAAACAAAUGUUGCUGCUUAAUUAAGGUUAAAUGAU